UUGGCUGUGCUAAAGACCUGGGCAGGCUCGGCCCUCCCACCAUGUCCAUGUAGACUUCAGGCUGCACACUCUCCUGGGUUGCAGUGGGUACUGCUACUGGAAAGAGUUUGGAAGACCGCUGCGGAGACGGCGCGGACCAUUUGUUUCAUAGCUUAGAUUUUUUUUCCUACAGUUGCUUCAAUGCUUUCAAAGAAGGAGUUGAUCUGUUGAUGCGUGUUCGUGUGGUAAAAUUCAGCUGGCUGGUUUAAACAGAGGAAGAUGGGGCUCAUGGGCAUGGUGGUCUGCCUUGUCCUUGGGAUCCUGCUUUCUGGGGGCCCCAUGGGGUCUGUCUCAGCUGUGGACCCUGAAGCAAACAUGAACGUGACUGAACUCAUCAUGUACUGGGGAUACACUGGUGAGGAGCACUCAGUCCAGACAGAGGAUGGGUAUAUUCUGAGUCUUCACAGAAUCCCUCAUGGGCGGAAGAAUCAUUCUGACAAAGGUCCCAGACCAGUCGUAUAUCUUCAGCAUGGCUUUCUGGCAGAUUCUAGUAACUGGGUCACGAACAUUGACAAUAACAGCCUGGGUUUCAUUCUGGCCGAUGCUGGUUUUGAUGUGUGGAUGGGGAACAGCAGAGGGAACACCUGGUCUCAGAGACACACGACUCUUUCAGUUUCUCAGAAUGAAUUCUGGGCCUUCAGUUUUGAUGAGAUGGCAAAAUAUGACCUACCUGCUUCAAUUAACUACAUUGUGAAUACAACUGGUCAAGAACAAGUGUUUUAUCUGGGCCACUCUCAAGGAUCCACCAUAGGUUUUAUAGCAUUUUCACAGAUACCCGAGCUGGCAAAGAAGAUUAAAAUGUUUUUCGCCAUGGCUCCCGUGGUGUCUCUCCAUUUUUCCAUGAGCCCUCUGACCAAGAUUGGACAGUUGCCAGACCUUCUUAUUGAGGACUUGUUUGGACACAGACAGUUUUUACCCCAGAACGCAGUGCUGAAAUGGCUGAGUACUCACGUUUGCACCCACGUCAUCAUGAGGGAGCUUUGCACAAAUGUCUUCUUUCUUAUAUGUGGCUUCAAUGAGAAGAAUUUAAACACCUCUAGAGUGGAAGUGUAUACAACACACUGUCCUGCAGGAACGUCUGUGCAAAAUGUACUACACUGGAGCCAGGUUGUUAAACACCAGAAGUUUCAAGCUUAUGACUGGGGAAGCAGUGACAAGAAUUAUUUUCAUUAUAACCAGAGUUACCCCCCUCUGUAUGACUUGAGAGACAUGUCUGUACCCACUGCUUUGUGGAGCGGGGACCGAGACUGGCUGGCAGACACCAGAGACGUCAAUAUCUUACUGACUCAGAUCCCCAACUUAGUGUACCACAAGCACAUUCCUGAGUGGGAACAUCUGGAUUUUCUCUGGGGUUUGGAUGCCCCCUGGAGGAUGUAUAAUGAAAUAGUCAGUCUAUUGAGGAAAUACCAGUGAAAGCCAGACUUGAGGUCACUUUUCUGUGAAGAAGCAUCCUGUGAAGGGACAAACCACUGAUCUUCCAGAAGUGAAUGUGGCUGCAAUGAUGGUGUCUGCAUGAAGCCAAGGCUGGCUGCCUGUGACAAGUGUCCUGCCUCAUUUUCACGCAAAUGAACUGAGUGUUUUCAGGUCAAAGUUCAACUCAGGAAUUCUAGCUUGAAAACCAGUGUUGUAUGCGCAAUAUUGUGUGCAGGAAGCCCAAGUCUGUCCGCUUUGCCUGCACUGAUGUGUCUAUUGUCAGCCGAAGAGCUGGUUGAUAAGUUUUCUGACCUAGUUAACUUAGAUGCAGCAAUAUUACUUGAUGUUGGUCCAUACAUGCAGGCGGAAUGAUACAAGUUUGUAACAUUUUAAAGGUUCAUACUUAAAUUUUUCAAUAAAUCUCAGCCUCACAGGCCUGAACAAUUGUGUGGUGGUAUUUGCUUUUUAAUGGCUAGUCUAUGCUUGAUUUUUUUUUUUGGGUGGGACUCAGGACUUUUCCUCUAUUCUCAUUCCCCUCCUUGGAAACUUCACUAACAUAGUCCAUGAAUAAUUUGGGGGGUGAGAAAGGGAUCCUGGGCCAAAAGAGGGCUGGGGCUGCUUGCGCAGUUCAUGCUAGCAAGGCUCUGAAUUCAGACCAGGCAGUAAUGAAGCCCUUCCCCAGGCAGUGGCUAGUUGCAGGCAGAACCUUGGGCUGCCUGUCAGUCACCUCCUUCCUUGAACAAAUGAGACAAAUGAAGGUGACAGAGACAGUCCAUGCCCUAGUGCCUGCAAAAAAAACAAAGCAAGCAAAACAGAUCAGAGGGCUCAAACUCCUACGCACUUAAGUACAGAGUACACACCACCAUUCAUCUUUGCAUGCUCCAAUGGAGUCUUCAUUAUAGUAACUAUGUGGGGACUGACAAGAUGGAUACAUGCUUAUAACAAGUGAUACCUAGGUAGGUCCAAAGACUGGCACAACCUCUGGGUGGUUUUUCCUCACAGCCUUGGAAAGGACUGAAGUAGUCAAAACAAUGGGUGUGCCUCCUGCAGUCACCCUCCUCCCUGGCCACAGGUUCCUUCCAGGAGCCCUUCUUUCUCCUUUGACCAAGGCAAACGGGUUUUGCCAAUGAAAUACAGAGCUGAAAGAAAGGGGCAGUGAGUUGGAAUUGCUAGCUGUCGUUUCCCCCAGAAGUGUGGAGACUGUUCUAGGGAGGGCCAUAAGUGACUUGGUCUUUCCAGCUGUGGCUGUUGGUAAAGGGCCUCCCAGGUGUCCUUGAGAGGGCGUGGUUAACCCAGUUCCUCCAUACGGCCGCCAGAUGGCAGGAUGAACAGUGGUGCACGCCGUACUUUCUACCUGUCCAUCCUGUCUUCUUUUCAGACUUUGCACUGGGAACUAAAGAGAAGUGGGUGGGCUAGUCUGACGGUGCAGAUACCACUCGGCUGCUCUUGUCACACUGGCUUUCUCUGCCUGUUUGCUUCCAUUUGUGGUCUCUUGUCCAGGACGCAUAAGCCUCUGUUGCCCCCACUCCCCACCCGCCCCCCUCAGGGCUAGGGAUCACCUUUGUGUGUUCUAGGCAAGGACUCCACUACUGAGCUGUGCUCCCACCCUGCUUUGUGGUAUACUUAGUUUGUCUUGGUAUCUGUGAGUUGAGCCUGCUGCCCCUAGAAGCCCUCUGACAGUUUGGUGAGGCCUCCCUGGGGCUUUUCAACUGGCUUUACCAAGUCCUAUGUUGACAAUGUAAAGAUCUCUACAAUCCUGCAGCCUAUGGAGAGGAGAAGUUAAUAUUCAGCCUCCUUGGGAUUAUUGCCCUGUCGCCUUUUGGCUGAGAUCAACUGUAUUAUCACCUGUCUAUUUGUGACCCUUCUCUAAGAUGUAGUCUUGUGGGGGAAAUAAAUGGAGAAUGAAGGGGGAGAAAAUAAAUCACUAUUUUUCAUCCCCACAAGAGGACGCUCUUGACUUUGCUUGUAAAUCUUGCCAGCCUCCCUUGGUGGUUUUGUUUUGUUUUGAGAAUCUCACUAUUAUUCCCAGGCUGGCCUGAAACUUGCAGUUCUCCUGUCUCCCCAUCUGAGUGCUGAGACUACAAGUUUUCAUCACCAAACUCAGCUCCCACAACAGCUUUUGAGAAAGCUUUCUCUGGAUGGUCCUCUUAGGGAGCUUCUUGAGCCAGUUGGCAAUUUGAUAAUGGGUGGGGCUGUGGCUGUGGUAAGUUCUAGCCAGGAUAAUGAUUAGUUUUUGUAUAAUGAAUAACAUCUGAAAAUGUCCUCAAGGAGUAGCUGUCCCCCCAAAUAUGACCUGAAAAUUGGGUAGAUAGGCAGUAGAAAAGGCUUUAACUGAAGUCUCACACUCUUAAGUACCAGCAUUUAUUGAUUUUGUUGUCAAACAAUGAAGAUUAUUUUGUGUUUGUGACCAGUAAAGAUGUUGACUGAUAAAUGAAGACAUUUAAAAUAGACAGUAAUUGGAUAUUUUGUCAUUAAAAAAAGAUUUGUUUUUA